AAGGCAUCAGCGGAUGUGUCCCGUGUAUCCAGGGCGAAGGAUGCCCAGGAUAAUGUCACCCGAGUAUCCUCUCUCCCGCCUAUCCAUAUCAUGAUUAACGCUGCCGGGGCGGUCGCCCGCAGGAUGCCGUCGGUGGUCCGGCGAAGCGCGUGCUGGAUAGCGUGGUGCCAGGCGGCGCUGUUCGGCGUGUCGGCGCUGGUUAUCGUGGCCGAACGGACCGCGCUGUUCUAUUGUGUAGGUUUUUACCUCUGGAAUGAGGAGACGCAGUGGGCGGGUCUCACUCUGGGCCUCUUUCUACCGGGGACAGCAGUUCAGCUGCUUAGUAUGAAGUGGUAUUAUGACGAUGGUGAUGACAGGCGAUGCUACCUCUCAAUCAUACACAUACUGCACUUGGGAAUCUUCAAAAGGCUAUGGGACUGCAUGAGGUCUGUGUUGCGCAUGCAAGGCUCAGUGGCCGAGCUUGGAGCCUCUGUCAUGCAGCAGGCAGAUGUUUCUGCUCUUUGGUUGCUGGAGGCCCUUGUCCUCACGCUUCCACAGAGCCUUCUGCAGGCAUAUGUGGUUGUGUCCACUGAUGUCGGCAUCAUGUCCCCAGUGGCCUACUGCUGUGGUCUGUGUUUGCUGUCUAUUUCCUGGGCCCUGGUGCUGUACAGCAGAGCCUGCUGCCUGAUUCGACCGGGCCACCUGGCCAUGCCUCCGGCAGCGCUGCUUUGCCAGCUGGUGUGGAGGGCAGGCAUGCUCAGUGCAAGGGUGACCUGCCUCAUGCUCUUUGCCAGGGUCUUUAACUGGUGGGUCGUCGGAGUAGCAGGUUUCCACUGGCUCACAGCCUCCUUCUGGCUGGUAUCACAGCAACCAGACAUUUGCACCGGCCCCUGGUGUUGGCGUGCCUUUAAUGGCAUUAUGGGAAUUGUCCACAUCUUCCUCUUCCUCAACGUCAAAGACGGACCCUCCCGCUACCGCAUGGCCAGUUUCUAUGCAUUCAUGUUCAUAGAGAACGCCACUCUGCUGCUGGCCGCCUCCGACUUCCUAAGCGAAGCAUCAUGGGACAGCCUGACCCUGCCCACCACUGUGCUGUGUAGCUUCUUACUCGGUGCUACCUCUCUGGUCCUAUACUACCGGUUCCUCCACCCCAAGUCAACAGAGAUCUCCCAGGGCACGGACCACAACCACAUGGGCAGCACUUGUAUAGAACGAGAGGAGUCCUCCUUCUCUUUCAGGGGUAAAAGCCUGCCAGAUGCCUCUAAUCAAAACCACGGCAGCUUCUCCCUCUCAGGUGUAGCCGGGUGUCUGCUGGAGCACCCAGGAACCUGUAGGGGCCGGGCCAACAGCUCCUGCCCCUGCUACCACCACCACUGGCUCCUCAUUCGGCUGGCUCUAAAAACAGGAGACCUCGGGAAGGUCAACAGAGCGUAUGGGGCCGGCGGAGCAGCAGCCAUACUGGACAUGGAGGAGUACAACCAAGAGUUUAAGAGCAACGAAGGCAUGACUAUCACAGGGGCUGGCAGCUGCGAGGGGGUCUCCACCUCUGAGUCUCAGGGGAAAGGCCUGGCGCCUCUCUCGGACUGCAAAGACGAGUUCCAGAGCGUGAGCGAGCCCACGUCAACUGAAGAACCUGAGGAGGAAGAGGAGGAGGACAGCCUGGAGAUGGAGAGCCCGAUGGAGUCCCCCACAUCAGAUUUCAAACGGAGCUCGCCAGAGGGCAAGUCUGUGUUCGGAGACAGUCCGGAGCCGUACUUCUGCCCCACAGAGUCGAGUUCAACCUUAUAUUUCAGCACCGAUCCUCAGUCUCCCAGCAGUGCCACUAACCUCCGUUUGGACCGGGACAUUGGGGGUCUUGAACAGAGGGUCCGCCUCACCUCCAUCCCCAGCGAUCCGGCCCUUCACAGAGAUGUACGUGGGCUCAUGGGACGGGUUGGGCCACGCUGUACUUCCACUCCUAAAUUGGACUCUGGAGUGAUGGACAGUGUCCCUCAUCUCACGGGUCCCAGGAGACAGCUUAUAAUGUCCCGAAGAGAUGAAGACGAUAACUUCUAGGUUUCUCAAAACAUAAUCAGGGAAAAGGGAAACGGCAACUUAUCCAACACUAAAGGAGUACACCAGCUUUUUAUUUUUAGAAGGCUGCUUUAACAAGUCUGCUCAGAGCUGCAGGAUGAGAAGGCUGGCAGAAAUUCACCUCUUGAUGUCCUUAUAUUAAGUAAAGUGUUGGGCACAGUAUAUGCAACAAUUUGGGGAUAAUGCUAAGCUAGCCUAUACUCUUCUCAAAUCAUAAAUUAUUUUUAAUAGCAGUGCUUUGCCCACAUGCUGGACACAGAGGUGAAACCCUCAGCAGUGUUUCAUUAGACAUGAAGAUGAUAAUUAAAGAGCUAAUUGGUCACAAAGGUGGUGUUUGAGGCUCAGACAGCUUCUACCUGAUUCAACAUUUUCUCUAUUGUUUUGGUUCCAAUUAAGCCUUUACAUUUAGUUGAACUCAACAACAAAGUGAACACUGCUUCUGCCAGAUUGAAAUUAAAUAUUGAGGAAGUAACCCUGAGUUAUAUCAAUAAAUGUCAUUAGAAAUAUGCAGCUGUUUUAUGAUAUCAGGCAAUUGAUGGUCUCUAUAUUACAUACCGAAACUGCUGUUAUUCAUGUUAAUAAUUGCCAGCCGUCAUGAGAAUAGAGAAACUAUUUGUUUGUCUAGAGGGGGCAUGAGUGUCUGACCUCUGAAUCUUUACCAUCUCAGUGUAAGCCAGAGUUUUGUUGGCCUUUUAAAAGCACAAGUAUCUUCUGUAUCAUAAUGUCUAUUGCUGUGAUUUUUUUUAUUCCCAUAAGAAAAGAGCAAAUCUCCUCAGAAAGUUAUAUACUGUAUUUUUUGUAUAAUCAUGUCACUGGCAUUGCUUUAAGCAGAGCUAGUCUGUCAACCUUGCAAAAACAGUUUUGAUGUGUUAUCUUUAUUUACAUGUUGACCAUGUAAUUGCUAAAAAUGUAUUUUUAAUUUACAUUAUGUUGAGGGAAAAGUUUGUCUCAGGCACUGACUUUAAAAGCUUUUAAAAGUAUAUUGUGUAACAAAUGGAAAUAUGCUAAUAAUGGUUCUUGUAGUGACUUUUAUAUGUGCUCUCGGUUGCUAUUUCUAGGGCACAAACGUAUUUUUGCUCAACUCUGCUCUGUAAAAGGGAUGAAAUCCACACACAAAGCAGUGAAAUGAUGCUGGGUUUUCUCGUGCACCCAGGUGACUGCCUAUAUGACAUUUUGAACUGUGAAGUGCAAGGCCACUGGUGGCUUUAAAUAAGCAAUAAAUAGCCUACAUAUUUGGGUGACUGGAA